GAGAGGUAAUGAUAAAUUAGGCGUUUUUUGGUAUAUCGAAACAGAUUUAUAGAAUGAGACGAAUACGCAUCCGAUUCAACUAAUAGCCGGUUUUUAAUCCCAACAGAAAGCAAGAUCCUAUUAAACAGAUUUAAUCCCAACAGAAAGCAAGAUCCUAAACAAAAAUAGGCUUAGUAUCGUGCCACCACGUACACGUACCCCCCAAAACAUUGACACCACCAAUCUCCCUCUUCAAUAAUCUUCUUCUUCUUCACCUUUUUCCCCUCUCAACUCCCCACACCCUGAAAACAUAUUAUGGGAUUCAGAUCUCUGUUCAAGAAGAAGAAGCAGCUCCCGAUCCCGAUCGAAUCCACCGUGGCCGCACAGAGCUUCAUGAUGGCCUCCCGCACGCCGUCGCACAACGGGCGCGCCCGGAUAGAGGAGGAGCUGGAGCAGGUCUUCAAGAAGUUCGACGCCAACGGCGACGGCCGGAUCUGCGCGGAGGAGCUCGGCUCCAUCAUGCGCAGCCUCGGCCACCCCGUGACGGAGGACGAGGUGCGCAGCAUGAUCCGCGAGGUCGACGCCGACGGCGACGGCUUCAUCGACCUCCGCGAGUUCAUCGAGCUCAACACCAGCAACGUCGACCACGACGAGGUCCUCGACAACCUCCGCCACGCCUUUGAGGUCUUCGACGCCGACAAGAACGGCGCCAUCUCCGCCGAGGAGCUCCUCAACGUCCUCCGCAGCCUCGGCGAGGAAUGCACGCUCGACGAUUGCAAGAAGAUGAUCAGCGGCGUCGACAUCGACGGCAGCGGCACCAUCGACUUCGACGAGUUCAAGGCCAUGAUGAUGAAGGGAGUCCGCUUCGACCUUGCUAAGGCUGAUUGAUUCAUUCUUCAUCGGAUCGGAUCUAAUCUAUCCGGAAUUCAUUAUAACAUUAUUUUAGAUCUCUGCAUUUUUAGAAUUGUUUAUAAUUUUUGUUUUGGGUGCCGAUUCUCUAUGUUUUAGUGAGGAUUGGAUAUUUAAUUUAUUUUGUCAUGCAAUGCGCAGCUCUGCUUUUAUUAAUUCAAACUUUUGAUA